ACGGCGAACAGAUCGAAGGACAGGAUUGUAGGUCGAGUAGGAAUAAAGUACACAGAGGUUGCAGUUUAUAAGCGUUUUCUUUUCUAAAGAAUACUUUACAAAAUGGGGUCUACUAUUGGGAAAGCCAUGGAUGAGAACAUGAAAAAGCAGCAAGAAUUCAUGCUGAAGACGCAACGAAUUCAGCAAGAGCGUAUGCUACAGAUGAAUAACCUGAUGAGGGAGAGAAUGAUGGCUGCACAGGUUGCUAGAGCCCGGGACAUGUUUCAUUUCUUUGCUGUUUUCUAUGGCUUUGCUUGUGUUGGUGGCAUAGCUGGAUUCAUGAAAAAGAGGAACCCAGGAGUAAUUGCACCACUACUGCCUUUGACUUUCGUCUUCAUGUACCAGGGAGAUAUGGCCUAUGGUGACAAGUUAGUCAGAAUUAGAGAGGAAGCUGACAGAAUUAUGGAUAAAGAACCACACCUGUUGGAACUUCCACAUGGCUUGCCAACUUUCAGCAGCAUUGAAGCUGCCCGACUCAAACAGAUUGAUGAGAACAGAGUCAACCAAGGACAUGACAUAUUUCUGUAAUGUUCAAUUACAUUAGUAAAUGGAUGAAAGAGUGUACAUGUGCCAUUUAAUAUUUUAUUAUGAGAAAUGGUAGUUAACUGGUUAAUCCGUCUCAGGGUCAGCGAAAAUUAGUAUUUUUUUUUAACUAGAGAUGAAAAUUUAGAUUUUAUAUUACAAAUUUCAUGAAGAAAUCAAUAUACGUGUUGUGAAAAAAUAGUUUUGUGUACAUCCCAUACAUAGUGAAAAAUAGAGAAAGAUGUUUACGGUAUAUGGAUCAUGACAGAGCUGUGAUGAAUAUAAUCUCAAAUGUAUUGAAGCUGAUUGAUUUCCUGCAAAAUUACUUUUCUGUUUAAAAGUUAACUUAAUAUACUAUCACAAUGUACAUUUUGUUAGAACUUAAACAUUUUAUGAAUUGAUAAGUCAGGAAACCUAUUGUUAGAGAGUUAGUGUAUGAUAUGCACAAUGAAAUCUUCAUUUUACAUAAUUCAUUUCCAAAUAAAUGCAUGAAAAAAAAAUUGUAACUCUGAACACAACUAUGGUUUCCUGAAUGUCAAGUGUCCAGAAUAUAAGUAUUGUGAUUUAGUAGGUUUCAUCAUGUAAAUAAAUGUAUUCUAUAAAUUUCUUAUUGUCUAAGGCAUGUAGUCAUUAUCAGAUGUGUACCAUACUUACAAACCCUCCAAGUCUAAAAUUUGGCAACAUUUUACAUUAUUUAUAAAGCACUUCCAAUAAUCUCGUUUGACAAAUCUUAGAAGUAUAAUAUCAUAAAACAAUGUAUUUUAGAAAUUCAGCUUUAGAAAAAUUAUGAAACAUUUACUAAAUUGUUCAAUUCAUACCUUGUAAAAACUGAAGACUUUCACACCUAACCUAAAAAUCAAAAGAUUCGACCAGUAUACAUACAAGAAAUACAUGGUUCACAAAAUGUAAUGACGCAAAAUGUGAUUUUAUUAUAA